CACUUACCUUAUAAUACACAUUUGUUGAAGUAAGAGUUUGGCACCAUAUCCAAACAUGUUUCAAUUUCCAUCCACGGAAAUUUCCCAACCUACAAUUUUGAGCUUUGAAAAUGAUGCUUGUUUAACCUCCACCCACUAUGGUUCCCAACAGGCACCAAAGUUCAAAUUCCACAUUACGUUUUUUUUUAGUCAACACAUUACUUAAAAUUAGAAUCUUAUUACAUUAUCAAUUUAUUAUAUUCACAUAAAAUAAGGCCCCUUUAUUUUAUCACUACCCAAAUUGCCACUUCCCUUACUUCUGCAGCUCAUAGUCACAAAUUAUUAGAACAAAACAAAGACAAAAGAAUUCAGUCUUUCGAAGCCUUAUCCCUCCCCUUAUGUGAGUUGUGAGGCUGUGAAGACCCAAUGAAAACAACACCAUGAAGAAGAAGCUACAACAACAUCAACAACAUAACCAACACAAUGAAGUGUUGAAAGCCGUUGCACAAGCUUGGUACAAUCAUUCCGGCAGUGCUAAGCCUUUGAGUGAAUUUGACGCACGUCGAAGAAACUUCAAAGGCAAGCCUACAAGAUUUAAGCUGGAAACAUUAAACAAGUCAUCAUCAACAACAACAACUAGUGACACAACAAACACAAGUCUUUCAACUUAUUGUUGGAACUUUCAACACUCACUUUGGGACCCUUAUGAGCUUGUAACAGUGUCUAGAAGGAUUGAAACAGGGUUAGCUUUAGAUAAUCCGUUUGAUGAGUUUUGUGGUUCCACAUCGGUUCGAGGAAAGCGUAAACCCGAGAGUAAGAAUAGUCUUAGGAAUCUUUUUAAUAAUAUGUCUUCUAGGCGAUUUAAUGUCUCCAAAUUUCCACUGAAAAAUGAUGAUACAUGAUUUUUAUUCUUCUUUUAUCGCAAGAGCCAGCUUAAUUUUUUCUCUUU